UUGAAAGUUGGCACAUAAAGUCGAGUAGUAAAAUCGAACCGCGAAAUCAGCUGUCGAAGAAGUGUGUCGACUAACAUCUCGGAACUUAUUGAGCCUACUUACCAUUGUAUUGAUACGUUAUUGUAUUAAUAUCUGCCUAUCUUGGUACUUAAUCUAGAUCUUAUCCACGCCAGAUCCUGAUAACUUCUAAUUAUACCGAGUUAAAGAAAGUAGGUAGCUAAUUAUUUUUUGGCUAUGGUUGAAUGGUAAAAAACUUAGAAUUCGGAUAAUUCAAUGGAACAGAAUUUCGAAAUGUUACAACACUGUAGAAGAUUACGAAUGAAUUUGUUGGUAGGACAAAGACUUUGUGCUAAAAGAUGACAAAUAAAAGAACACAAUUAAUACCCACAGAAAAUUAACCUUUGCUAGGUAUACGUACCGUAAGUUGGAAAUACUGUAACUUUCAGACCCCGAACUUACCUUCUUGCAACCGUAGAGUAUCACGCACAUAUGCGUCAAGAGUUGAAAAGGUCAACAUUUCCAAGAAAGUGAGAUGCAUUUAGUUGUGAUACUUUGGCUACAGGCCAAAUACUUAGGUAUUUAUAUAGGUACCUGUACUGUAGUAUUUGGUGUAUGUAUACCACUAUUGCAAGCACCCAUGUAUUUUAGCUCUGGGUAGGUAUAUACUAAAUUUUCUGCAGAUUUACAAUUUCAGAUUGUAAAACAUUGAAAAUUUUUGCUUCUUCGCCACUGUUUUAUUUCCCAAUCGCUAUUACCUAUUCUUUGUCUAUUUAUGAGAUGUCUUCUGAGUAUUCUUCGACCAGUCUAUCUGUACCACUUGUUACCACUAAGCAGUAAAACUGGAGCUACAUAUCCUUGUUCAUGUUUGUGUCUAUUCUCUCUGUAUGGACACGCAAAAAUAUGCUUGGGGCGUGAUAACUUCCGUGGUUUGUUUUAUUUAGUAAAGACCGUUUUUAGUAAAGAAUAUGAUGACACGUGCAAAUAUGAUUUGUAUUGGCAUCGUCAGGCAGAGGAAGCAGCGACUUAUCUCGGAAAUUGCAGAGAGGAUGCGCUACUACAGACGACAUUGAGGACCAAUCAGGCGGACCUCACAUAAAUGGUGAAUGCGCAGUUUCUUUUAUACGCAAACCUGCUAAUAUCUUGAUGUAGACGGCAUUGAUAUCACUGGGUAUCUUCUGGACCUUACUAUCCGGUUCAGAUAGGUAGGUAUCUACAUGUAUCGUAAUGUUGGAAGCCAUAAUAAACAACGAGGUCUCAUAAACCAGCUGUAUCCAUGACAACUGUUGUUGUUUGAAUCAAAGAUGUUGACUUAUUUGAUAGCUGUCGUUCGAUGUAAUACGUAUUUCUUAAUUUUCUAGGAUCACUAGUAGUUUUUUAUUCAAUAUAUUUAAUUAGUCACAGUAGCGACCAUGACUACUCAGUCGCCGCCUAAUAUUUCCGCUCGGAUUUUCUACGGACUUCGCACAGAUAUUCAGUACAAUGCCCACUAUUUGUCGGAGUCAGAGAUUCUGUACCCUGCUGGCGGAGUCAUCGUCAUCCACAACCACCUCCAGAAGAAACAGAAGUUCAUCAGGCUACAAGAUAAGCACAAACCAAUCAAGUCCUUGGUUCUGGCGCCGAACCGACGAUGGCUCGCGUUAAACGAGAUUGCAGAAGAGGGUCAAAAACCUAUUAUAACUAUCUAUGACCUCACGACGUACAAACGCCGAAAGAUUUUGACUGUUCCCUUUGAGCAUUCACAAGCAAGAGAGUUCGCGUGUGUGCAGUUUACCCACGACUCAAAAUAUCUUGUGGCGAUAACUGGCGAGCCGGACUGGUAUUUGUACUACUAUAAUUGGGACAAGGGCAAGGUUGAAAGCCACGCUAAGGCGCAAAACCCGAGCGGUCAAGGCAUCGUUCGAAAUGUGUCAUGCAAUCCCACGGAUGCGACUCUGGUGGUUAUAACAGGACCGUACACUUUCCGCAUUAUGAAUGUGUCUGAAACUGUUUGGCGUCAGUGGGGCUGGUGUAAAGCUGAAAACACAAUCAUAACCAGCUGCAUGUGGCUAACGCCGGACCGCAUCAUGUUCGGCACAGACAACGGGAUGAUCAUGAUGGUGGAGAACGGCGAACUUAGACAGAAUUGCAUUUUUAAAGCCGCUGAAGUCACGGAAAUGUCGCUGAAGAAAGUUGAGGCUGAACAGGAGCAAGAUACGACAGAUAGAGCCAGCACGUCCAGCAGGCAAGACUCGGCCAGUGAAGACAAGGGAGACGAGGAAAGUUAUCCAGUCACCAGCUUUGUCAAUUUCGCUAAAGGAUUUGUAUUCGGUUGUGGGCCAGGGUAUGUCCACAUGUUUGAAAAGGAAUCCCUCCAUCAAUGGAGAAAGAGAAAUGUCUUUAGGAUUAGUAAAAAAUCUUACAAGCAUACUCGUGAGCAUCCACUGUGGUCUACACUUGAUGAAAUUCAACACAUUACAGUUGAUCCUAAUCAAGAAACCGUGCUUAUAACAACUUUGAGGAAGCAAUUGUACUAUGUGAAAUUGUUUGGACAGCACAUGUUACAGAACCCCGAGAUAACAUUCAGCGAACUGGGUCCAGCGAUGCAUUAUGGUCGUAUAAACUCCUUAUCGAUGUGUGCCUGGAAACCAAUAUUCAUGACGGCGGGAGAACAGGACAAGAGCAUAAGGAUCUGGAACUACAUGACAGAUGAUGUGGAGAUGAUCAAAUUGUACCAGGAGGAAAUCCACUGUGUCUCCUUGCACCCUACCGGUCUGUUUGCAAUUGUUGGCUUUUCGGAUAAACUUCGUUUUAUGGUGGUGUUAAUAGAUGACUUUGAAGUCAUGAGAGAGUUUCCUAUAAGGAAUUGCAAGCAAGCCAAGUUUAGUAGCAAUGGACAUUUGUUUGCUGCAGUCAACGGUCAAGUCAUACAAGUGUUUUCUUCGGUGUCAUUUCAGAAUGUUUUUAAUUUAAAAGGACAUAAUGGGAGGAUUACCAGUCUAUCAUGGUCGGCAAAAGACUUAACAAUGAUAUCGUGCGGCACUGAAGGCGCUGUGUAUGAAUGGAGUAUGGUGACUGGACAACGAGUUGGAGAAGUUAUUUUGAAAACUAACCAGUUUAAUGCUUGCGCUGUAAAUAGCAUUGGGAAAACAGUGUACGGUGUUGGAUCCGAUGGAGAAAUCAAAGAAAUUGGUGCUAAUACCAUUAGAAGAAAUUUGAGCUUGAUCGGCGCCCCUCUGGAUACGGUCGUACUUUCUCGAUCGGACUUGAUGCUAUUUAUUAGCGGUGGACCAGGAGGAAUUACCUCAAUACAGCUGCCGUUGUUAGACAAAGCUAUAUUCAACGAAUUUCAUAUGCACAACAAAAGAGUGACUGGUAUUGCGCUUUCAUACGACGACCAAACAUUGGUCUCUGUGGCCGAGGAUGCUUCCAUUUGUUUGUGGAGGCUGACGAACGCUGAUGGAAGAGCUAUCGCAUUGGAUAAAGAUUUCGCGUACUCCAAAGAAAUUUUGAUAAGCAAAAGGGAUUUACAGGAGAAAAUAAAUAACAUAAAUUUAUUGAGUACGCGAAUGAGUGAACUUGAAACAGAGCACACAUAUCAAUUACGUCAAGCUGAGGCGACACAAGCAGAAAAAUUGAAGGAGGUUCAUGAAGGCUAUUGCGCUGCCAUUGAGGAACUCAAGGAAAAGAACGAGCAAAUGGAAAAUGAACACACUCACGAAAUAGGAAUGAUUCAACAAGAUAUAGCUAAGUUGCGGUCGGGCCACGAGAGAACGUUGCAAGCCUUAGAAGCCGAUUUCAAUGUUAGACUGAUUAGCGAGUACGACAGAUACCAGAGUCUUGAAGACAAGACGGCUAGAAUGAGAAAAGAUUAUGAGCAAAGGCUAGAAGAACUCGCAGAGAGCAAACGACAAGCCCUGAGGGAAAUGAAUAACAUGUUUGAAUCGAGGUUGGAAGAAAAAGAUCUUAUGCUGCAAGAGUUACAAGAACAAGCAGAUAUGGAGAAAAAAGAACACGAAACAAUUAAAACAUCUAUCGAAGAAGAUGCUGAUCGUGAAAUUAUUGAAAUUCGUACAGCAUACGAAGUUCAGUUGAAGGAAGAAAAAGAUUCUAAUGUGCGUCUCAAAGGAGAAACGGGGCUUAUGAAAAAGAAAUUGAUUAGUGCGCAUAAAGACAUUGACGAAUUCAAACAUCAAAUAUCACAACUAAAAGCCGAACAUAAACAGUUCCAAAAAGUAAUUUCAACUCUUGAACGUGACGUUGCGGACUUGAAGAAAGAAAUUGGCGAACGAGACAGUUCAAUACAGGACAAAGAAAAGAGAAUAUACGAACUGAAACGAAAGAAACAAGAGCUUGAGAAGUAUAAGUUUGUAUUGAACUUCAAGAUCACUGAAUUGAAGAAUCAGAUAGAACCUAAAGAACGACAAAUCCGAGAGUUAACACAUCAAAUUGAUGAUAUGGAGAACGAGGAGUUAAAACUAUUGAAUGUGAAACAUGAACUUGAACUUAAAAUACAGCAACUUAAUGAAAAGUUAAGUUCGGCUAAAAAAGACUUCUUGGCUGAAGCGGAUAGGAACUUAACAUUGAAAAAUACAUUAAAGAAAAUUAAAAUCGAUCUCCACAACAUGACUGCCGAGUUCCAAGAUCCUAUGAAGUUAAAGUUAGCAGUGAAAACUCUAUUUCACAAAUACGUGGAAGACAUCGAUUUUGUCCGGAGUCGCAUAGCGGACGACGAAGCAGUUCGGGAGUUCAAUCGUCAGAGAGAUCACUUGGAGAAGCAGGUGGCAGGCCUCAAGUACCAGCUCAACAAAGCCCUCGGCGGCUCCAAGAGCGAUAUCGGCAAAAUUAUGGACGAAAACUGCACACUGCUUACGGAGAUCAACAACCUGCGUACCGAGUUGAAAUCUACUCGUACUAGAUGCUUCCAAAUGGAAUCAAUCCUGGGCCUCUCUGCUCGGUACAUUCCUCCGGCCACUGCGCGCGCCAAACUCAAACACGUUACCGAAGACAGGGAGAAACUCGAUGAGAAAUUCAAGCAGAAAAUUGAGGAAAAGGAGGAAGUUAUUACGGCAUUGAAGGAAGAAAACGAACGCUUGCUUGUGAAAGUGAGGUGCAAGGGAGAUGAACCAUCGUGGGCAUACGACGCUAAUGCUCAAUAUUAAUGUACCUUAGAACAUGUUUGAAUAGAUUAUUUACCUACUACUCAAUAUUAUAUUUCAAUUAAUAAAGUAUCUGACUAUAAA